GAAUGUCGUCAAAAAGGAAAAAGAAGAAUAAGUAAGGGUGGCAGUGGCUUCAGUGAGACUUAUAGAGGCGAAGGAGUUAUUGAAUUGAUAAUUGAGUCUUCGGAAUUCAUUCCCAUUUGUAGAAAUCGAAAUCCAAAGCAAUGGGUGUGCUGUCAAACAAGAUCGACAGGGAUCAACUCAAACCGGGUGAUCAUAUCUAUACAUGGAGAAACGCUUACCUCUAUACCCAUCACGGGAUAUAUGUCGGUGAGGGAAAGGUUAUCCACUUCACUCGGGCAGCUGGGCGGGAAAUUGGCACAGGAACUGUGUUAGACCGUUUCAUUUUCAGCUCAUCUCCAUCCCAUUCUGCAGAGAAUCCCUGCACGAGUUGCGAUGAUCCAUCAGGGCGUGAUGGCGGUGUCAUGUCUUCUUGCCUAGAUUGUUUUCUGUCUGGUGGUGAUCUGUACCGCUUCGAAUAUGGUGUCAAUCCAGCUUUCUUUCUUGCCAAAGCCAGAGGAGGUACCUGUACCCUUGCCUCGUCUGACCCAUCUGAAGAUGUCCUUCACCGUGCAUUUUAUCUUCUCAAGAAGAAGAAUGGUUUUGGCAGCUACAGCCUUUUCAAAAACAAUUGUGAAGACUUUGCAAUUUAUUGCAAAACAGGUUUGCUUGUGAAUAGUAGCACUAGUUUGGGAAGGAGUGGGCAGGCAUCCUCCGGUUUCUCUUUUGCAGGUGUUGCAAGUGGUAUUGGUGUUGCAGCAGGUUCGUCAGCUCGAUAUUUGCCGAUUAUGGGUUUCGGUGCUUUCAGUGGUCUGGGUGCUGCUUUCGGUGUUGGAAUUUAUUCUUUCCAGCGAUUAGCUUGUGAUAUUGGAUUCCGCAGUGAUGUUUCAAAAGUGCCAGUGGAGGAACUCUGGGACUAUAUGUAUAAAAACAAGAAGAAAUAAAAUAAGUUGAAAAUUGAUGUCUGAGGUUGAUCGUGUUGGCUUAGUCGAGUCGGAGGUUGCAAUUGACAUGGUCAAGCAAGAAUAAUCUAUGUGCAAAUAAUAGUUUUGUGGCUUGUUAAAGAAUUGACAUGGAUAUAUUUAUUAUUGUAUCUUUAUAUCAUCAUGUGCGCCGAGCAGCAAACAUAGUGGCUCAUACUUUAGCACAAGAUGCUAAAAAUGGGCAGUUUUUUAUGCAGCUCUUUACUGUACCUCCUCCAAAUGUGAUGGAGCUUACAUCCAUUGAUUGUAAUGACGUGUAAGUCAAUGAAAUCUAUUUCAUUUCCCUAAAAAA